AUGGCACCGUAUCAUCGCCGCAGGAUCGGUGCAAGCCGACGAACAGUCGACGACGAGGGUGAGGAAGACAGUUUUCCGGCCACCGUGGAGGACGACUCGCUCAGCGAAGCCACCGUGAGCUCCCAGUCCCACGACGAGGAUGACAGAGACGAGGUUGACAGGGGCGACGGCCACGGCGAGAUCACAGAGACUGAAGGCGAAAAGGCCGUGCUGGACAGUGGCCGGUCGGUGCGGACAGAUCGAGAGGGCAGGGCACGGACAGCUCGAGGCAGAGGGAACUUGAAGGAGGGCGGAGGCAGCGAAGGGAAUGGCCUAUUCAAUGCGCGGACUGCAGAGACAGACGCCAUGAUGAAUGGGUCCAAAGAGACAGCUGGGCCGGUGCAGGAGGCGGACGAGAUACACUUUGACCAGCUGGCAGAUCCUUGGCCCAACAGCGGCGGUGGUGAUGGUGGUAAUAACGGCGCCGGCAGCCAGAGAGAGUCUUUUACGGAGCGGAAACGAAGGGAACACGGGGAGUAUAUCCAGAAGAGAAACAGUGAUCCCUCAUUUGUGCCCACUCGAGGUGGGUUCUUCCUACACGAUAACCGGUCUGGAAACGGGAACGGCAGCGGACGGGGCAAGCAGAUGAAGGGCAAGCCACACGGCCUUAUCGUUGACAGCAAUGUCUUCCGCCCCUGGCGUCAUGAUCUACACGACUCUGUCAACCGACCGCCCUAUCGACCACCCCAGAGUACCACCAACAACGGCAGCAGUAACAGCUAUCCCUCCAAACCCGUUCCCACUGCUCCUCGCACGUCACCGCCCAACAGAUCUUUCUCGAGUACCAUCCUGAUUGGCAAUGUCCCCGUCAUCGUCUCCUUACCGGGCAUGGAGUCGCCCAUCUCCUUCUCCGCCGUCCCCAAAAAGCAACACACCCGCCUCCCGCAACACCGCCCUCCGCUUCGUCGUGACAAGCCCGUCCGGAUCUCAUUGCCUGGACAGGCGCCCCGCUAUAUCUUCCCAUCUACCGAACGGUCCUUCAUCUUCAUCCCACGAGCUCUCCGUCCAAACCAGCAAGCUUCGUACCGUGGGAGGGGCCGGGGAGGCGGUGGUGGAUUCUACUCCAGGCGGACAAGCGUGUACUCCGGCAGCGUCUACAGCCAUGCACCAACGCAUACACCCAGCGCCAGCCUUAGCAUGAGCAUGUCCCGCCGCUCGUCUAUGGGCAGGGACGUCAGUGUCAAUGGCGCCACUCCACCAUUGGGAUCAACGGUGCCCAUGUCCAGGCCUGUCGUCCCGGAUGCAAGGCCAGUUGUUCGUCUCCCUCCACAGGCCAUGCCUGCCCAAGUCCAGCAACAGCAGCAGCCGCAGCAACCGCCAGGCCCACCGCAGGCACCGGCACAGACACAGCCCACAGCUGUGCCGACACCCGCAUCGACAGCACCCUUCUUCCCACCGCAGAAUCCGACGUAUCGAGAAAACCGGCCUCAUCCAUCGAUCCCCAUACACCAGCCACGCCCGCAGAAGACCGUAUCGGUAGCAGAUAUCGAGUCUCCUGCCGCGUCGGCAUCUGCAUACCAGUUCGCCCAGCAGCAGACCGACCAACCGUUCCACCACCAGGUACCACAUCAGAUGCCAAUGAACGGCUUUGCACCCACGCCUGACAUGACCAUGCCAAUGGCCAUGCCUGUGCCCAUACCGAUGCAGGUCCCCAUGGUCAUGCCGAUGCAGCAGAUGCCGGUCUACUCGCACAUGCGCCACAUGUCGCACCCUCCACCGACGUCUGCCACGCCCCUCUCCCAGAUCCCCGAGCGGGCCAUCCACGCUGCUCCUUUCCAGCCCAUCCCGUACCAGCAACCGCAGAUGGCUGCCCAGCCGGGACAGCAGGCAUACUACGGCCAGCCAUACCCUGCUGGGCCCAUGUAUGCUGUCCCUCCAGCUCCCGGGACCGAGUAUCCUUACACGCCUGGUGGAGCUGGACCGACUGGCCCGGGAACGGUGGCCCACGAGUCCAACGGGACGGUGUACUACUACGAUGCAUCACAGAUGACGGCCCCCGGUUCGAGUUCGGGUGCCAGCGUGGGCGGCCAGCCUCCCGCUCCGUCUCAGGGACAGGGCGUAGUCGGUAUGGGGGGGAUGAUGACCCCCCCGGGGCCGACAUACUACUACCCUCCUCAGAUGCCGGUGCAACAAAAUGGACCCGUCUACUAUCAGUGA